UAGGCGCGCUGCGGAAAAUGGGAUUGCACUAACAAAUUAUUGAUUUCCGUAAAAAAUUCUAUCGAACUUCUAUUGAAAAUUCGAUUGGUUUUUGAUCGAUUCUAUUGAAGAAUUAGGGUGAACAGGCCAAUAGCUAGACUCGGCCCAAUAUCUGGCCGAUUUCACCUUUUAUUGAGUAAUCCAUAAAUAAUAGAAUGAAAACUGCACGGAUUAUUAUAAUUAUCAAUAAUAUCACUUAUGUAUAAUCAUGUGAUGAAGUUUUUUUCAAAAUAUCAACAAUUCAGCAGAAAAAAAAUAUAUUCAGGAGGUACAGUGUUGGGUGGGGUGGCGCUGCAAUUUGCUAACCAUCACCAUCAGUGAAAAAGUAUCGUGGAGAAAAAAAAGUUCUUCUCUUUUCAUUGAAAAAAUUAAACAAAAAAUCCUAGAAAAUUUGAGGAAAAUUUGAAGAAAAAUUCAAUAGAAUUUGUUAGUGAAGUCAAUACAUCUUUCUAUAAAAACUUUUGUAUACGUUUUCAAGAUCUUCUGUUUUUCAACAAUUAUUUAUUCCAUUUUCAUCAAUGACAAUUUUUUUACAAUUUUUUAUUCAGUCAUCCAUCAGUUGAGAGAAAUUUAUUGAAUAGAAAAACUUAUUUCCAGAUUUGUUUGUAAUGUAAAACUGCUUCAUUAGACUGUAAUGGAAAAUUUGAAUGGUCAAUUGUUAUUCGAUUGGAAUAAAAUUUUUAGAAUGUUGAAAAAGUAUUUUUUUUAUUUCUUUCUAAAAUUCAUUCCCAUAUUGGAAAUAACGUCUGCUCUUCCACCUGCCCUAACCUCUAUGCGAUGUUUACAGUCUCUAACCUAAAAAAGUCAAUAUUAGUGCCGAAAAUUCAUCGCAAAGAAAUAUUUUCUGUAAAAACAAUAAAAAUGAAAUAAAAAUUGAUUUUCACAAUUCAGUUCCAAUCGUCAUUGUUCACCUGACAAAACAAAAUAAUAAAUAAUUUAUUAAUAUUUCAAUAGUUUAAAGUAGUGUACAAAGUGUAGAAAAAAAAUUGAUAAAAAUUAGUGAAAAUGCUGAAGAGAUUUUCGAAAAUUGCUCAGCCCUCAAGAAAUUUAUUCGAUAAUUUUUUUCGACGAUCGAAGAAGUUGCCACAAAAAGAGAGGCGAAUAGUCAACAAUAAAUUCGGACAGUACGAAGUUGUUGUGCCCUGGCAUGUGAGCCCUUUCAAAGACGUUCCAUCGUCAAUCCCUAAGCCUUGCUACUACAGAUCAUAUUCACAAGAAAUUCCCCCUCCCAUAAUUGAAAUAAAAAAUGAUGAUCAGAUCGAGUCCAUGAGGCAGAGCUGCAUGCUGGCAAAAAAGGUUUUAAAUCAUACGAAAAACAUAAUCAAGCCUGGAAUUACGACAGACUUCCUGGACGAACAACUUCACGAAUUCAUAAUUAAUAAUGGAGCUUAUCCAAGCCCUCUGCAUUACCAAGGAUUUCCAAAAUCAAUUUGCACGAGUGUUAAUAAUGUCGCGUGUCACGGAAUCCCGGACAAUCGUCCGUUGGUCGAGGGAGACAGUCUCAACGUCGAUGUCUCAGUCUACUUGAAUGGUUUUCAUGGCGACUGUGCAACAAUGUUCACGAUUGGUAAAGUGGACGAUCAAAUGAAGAAAUUGAUAAAUGUCACACAAAAAUGCCUGCAUGCUGCUAUCGAUAUUUGCAGGCCUAAUGAACAGUUUUGUAACAUAGGGCAUGUUGUUGAAGAAAUAGCGAAUGCUAAUGGAUUUUCUGUUAUUCCUUACUUCGCUGGACAUGGGAUUGGCACUUAUUUUCAUGGGCUACCUGACAUUUUUCAUUUUGCUAAUGAUGGAGAUGGAGAGAUGCAGCCAGGAAUGACAUUCACAAUAGAGCCAGUGUUGACCCAAGGAGAUAUUAAAAUUAAAGUGCUUCAGGAUGGAUGGACUGCAGUGACUGCUGACGAAGCCAGAACAGCACAGAUUGAACACACUGUCUUAAUUACUGAGAAUGGCUGCGAUAUUCUUACUUAGUAGAAAAUAAAAACAGUUCUCUUCCAA